AUGAGUCAGAGUUUUGUUUUUAUUUUUGUUGCACUUGGUAUGUUUGAAAUUGGGUCUUGUGUGAUAUCAAAAUAAUGAGGAUGUUGUGAUAAAGAAAAUGAACUUGAAUAGAUUUUUAAUUGAUCAUUUUUUGGAGCUAAGUUAAAUGAAGACUAUAAUUGAUAUGUAAGCUUAUUUCUUUAAGAAUCUUUCAUCAUUAAAAUUUAAUUUUUAAAAAUGCUAAAAACCUAGAAAUGGAAUCACUGAUCUACAAUACUCCUUAAUUCAAAAAUUCAUUAUUUUUCAGUUGCCUCAGUUCUUGCUCAAUCUAGCAGCAGUAGCGGGAACAUCUAUGGUUAUAACUACGACAGUAACGCUUUAGCCAGCGGCCCAUUUUUGGUACAAAAUCCAAAUUAUCAAUUUUUGAACGAUCAAUUAGCCAACGAAUAUGCUCAAAGUUAUCAAGAAGAAUUGCGGCAAUACGAUUCCAGUGUUGGUAUUACUGGAAGUGGAACUAGUUCUGGAUCAGGAUCAGGAUCAGUGUCAGGAUCAGGAUCUACCUCAUAUAAUAAUCAAAUCCCAGUUAGCCAAACAUAUGUUCCAGUAAAUGGUUAUUACUACGGUCCAGUUAUGACAAAUGCUCAACAAAAUACUCUCAAUUAUCAACAAAUAACUCAGGUAAGUUAUUUUUGAAAUUAAAAAAUACAUCUAUAUAAUUAUUGAAUCUACAGAAAAACCCAUCAACAUCUGCAUCAAGUUCUACAAAUAUUUAUGGAUAUAACACUGGUUCUUCUGGAUCCAGUUCAUCUAGCAGCACUUACAAUAAUCAACAAAUGUAUUCUGGUAAGAACAUAAAUGAGAACGGAAAAAUAAGAAAAUCUGAAGCCGUUUCUGAGAAUUUUGCAGGGCUUCUUUUUAAUUUUGAAGGGGUUAUAGGAAUUCGUUUUCGUUUCGAUGAUUUCGUCUCGGAUUUUAUAUUUUUUUUUGUUGAAGAGUGAAAUCAUCAUUUCAGAAUAGGAAGGGGAAGAUAUUUUGAAAUAUUUCAUUUUUUCAUUGUAGUUUCGAUGAAAAGGACCAAUUUCUUUUAUGAAAAUAAUUGUUUCUAGCUCCAUCUACAUCAACUGCUACCCCAUACAUUUAUCCAUUUGGUCAAUAUGCCUCGUCAUCAGCUUCAUCUACAAACCAAGUGUUGAGAGAUUCUUCAUCAACCUCUGGAUCUUCUUCUUCAUCAACUGGUUCAAACUCAGAUGUUGGUAGAACCUACUCACUUUUCUACAAUGAUCAAACCGCUACACCCGCUUAUCAAUCACAAUCUGAUUUGAAAACCACAACACUCAGAGAUCAAGCUCUUCCAUCAAAUGUUAAUCUUCGUGGAACUGGGCCAUUACCUGGACCAACUCUUGGAAGUUCAAAUACAUUAACCCAACAAUUCAAUGAUGCUGGAUCAAAUGCUUAUUAUUAUAGUGGAAAUGCAAACUUGAACUCGAAUUCAGGGUCAGCAAGAGUCAAAAAAGCAUCCAGAUUUUUUGAUGUUGCUGGAAAUCAAACUGAAAUGUAUUAUCCGUAUCGGUGAGCUUCUUCUCCCAUACUGAUAUGCAUCUCAAUUUGACAUUAAUUUUCUGAUUUGAUAGUUUAGGUUAACUAAUUUUGAUUCAUUUUUACAGAACAAGCACUAACUACAAUACUGCUAAUACCAAUUCUGCAACUGGAACUGGAUCUUCAAAUUCUGGAAGUACUGGCACAUUUUUUGAUUCCGUAACUGCUGCCACAACUACAGCUCGUGAGUUUUUGAAUUUUUUCCCAAGAGUUCAUCAUAAUUCGUUAAAAAGCAAUAUUUUUUUUAGAAAAAUGUCAAUUGUCGGAUCCAUAUUGGUGCGCUGAUUACGUAAAUGUUUACGUGAGCUCAAAACGUACUUAUACUUCGGAAUCUACCCAAACUAUUUGCUCUGAACUUGUCGCAUCUUUAGCUGAAAGUUAUAAUGGUUGUUGUACAGCUGUUAGAUCUGCAGGAUGCUCUAUGUAA